ACUGGUGAAGUCGUCAGGGAAGGCGCGCGUCAGUGUAGCUGUGAGGAGUGAGGACACGUGUUGUGUUAGUGAGAGUGAGUGCGGACGUCUACGGUCACCUGCCAGCGGCAGCUUGGCGGCGGAGGGCAGCACCAGUAGUUGAGUGCAGCGAGGACACCUGUGGUCGCCGCCUGACUGCGCGAGGCGCGGGGCAAGCCUCAACUUCUCUGGGUGUUGGUUGGGCGCCGGUGUUUACAUGAUGACGGUGGCGGAGGCGGAGUUGGUGCGGCGGGCGGCGGAGAAAGGACGGAGCGCCUCAUUUUGCGCGCCGUCCCCGCCGCUAGCCGCCCUCCAGUCCGCUCACUCCUCCUUUGAUAUACACAUGGACGUCCGGGCGCACGCUGCGGCCUUCGCCCAGGCCCAGCAACAGGCGUCGUCCAGCCCGAGGUCCAGGCUCAAGGCGACGCAAGCGGCACGGCGCUCACAGUCAUGCCGCGUCCAGGGCUCCAGACCGCCCCGCAUGCGGCGUCAGGAGUCCCCGCGCGGCUCGGAACCCAGACUGGAAUUAGACGCAGACGCUAGUUCCGCCUUUGUCUGUUCCACGCCUGAAGACGCCUCCUAUAACCCCUUCCUUCGUAAGGUUCCCUCCUGCGGCCGCCUGGUGACGUUGACACCUGACGGUGGCGGCAGCGGAGAGGAUGCAGAAGGUUCACCUGUUCUACGUCGGUCAGCUUCCGCACGCCGCCCACGGCCGCACACAGCCUCGUCGCCUGGCCACUCCCCCACGCCCACUCGGGCGACCCGUCCACCUCAGAAGAAUCGUGCCACCGUCAAGAGGACGCCGGCCAACGCCAACAACAGCGCCCGACGCUCUGGAACCAGCAGCGUCGGCGGCAGCAGCGGCGGCAGUGGGUUCCUUGACGUGAAGCCCUCUGGUUCCAACGAGGGACUCGACCCCGACUCCUAUCUGCUGAGGAACUUCUCUACUACCACUAAAGCGCCCCCAGGGGCGCCCUCGUCCCUGGACCUGGCCUCCCCGCCCCACACCCCUGACCACACCCUCAACACCGUCACCACCCCGCAGCUGUCUCUCGGUCUGCCGCAGCUGGCGACGCCGGAGUCGGUGGAGGAGGCAACCAGCUUCCGGAUGGCGAUCCUUGGGGCGACAGGCGUGGGCAAGACAGCGCUAAUCCACCAGUUCCGUACCUCAGAGUGCAUCAACGCCUAUGACUGCAACCCCACUGACGAGAAGGAGCAGUCUGUGUCUAUCCUGUUGAACAGCCAGGAGUCUGAGAUUGUCUUCGUCAACGUUACCACUCCAGAGGACUUCCAGGAGGAGGUGAGCCGGGCCGUGCCUCCUGAUGGCUGGCUCAUCAUGUACAGCAUCACCGACAAGGCAUCCUUCCAGCGGGCGGGAGAGGAACUCUCCACCCUCCACCAGCAUCAGCUCCUUCGUGGUCGAGCGGUCAUCCUCGUCGCCAACAAGUGUGAACUGGUUCGAUCCCGGGCCGUCAAUGUUGAUGAUGGACGGGACCUGGCGUGCAGCUACGGCGCCAAGUUCAUGGAGAUCAGCGUGGGCAUGAACCACAAGUGUGACGACCUGCUAGUGGGCAUCCUCAACCAGCUACGGAUCAAGGGCGAGGUGGAGCCCAGCGAGGAGGAAGAGGCCCCGAAGGAGAGAAGCUGGACGAGGUCUACAGUUAAGGACGGCUGUGUGUCCAGGUAUGUUCGCUAAACUACUUAAUUACCUUGUUAACUAUCAUCAAAUUAUAGAUAUAUCAUAAUUAUGGCCUAGAGCUGAGAGUGUUAAGCUAAUUAGAAGAGGUUUGCAUAAUACAAUAUUGAAUAUAUAUAAUGUUGUUGAGUUCAUUAUUGUUAAUGA